AUGCCAAGUCAAAUUUACAAAACCGCGGAGGACUGGCGUGCUUGCCUAAGACCCCGUGAAUCUUGUGAUGAUAUGUCUAAUUAUCAUCAUGGGGAAAGCAACUUCUUGAUCUGGGCAGUUGGAGAACCUAAGAGAAGCCCAUAUAUAAAGUUUCGGGAUUAUACUGGUAACCCGGACUGGGAAGAAAUAUCUCAAGCCUUAGCGGCAUGGAAGGAAUAUGCGCCUAAAAGUAUGGAUGAACAGACGCUCCAACAACGUAGCGGCCACAGACUUAGAAGUUAUUGGCAGCGUGAACUACGUCAAAGGUGGGAAGCUUCUCGGUUUCAGGCGGAAUAUGAGAAUCUCGACAUUACAUAUGAUCCUUGGAAGGACGAUACUGAUGUAAGUCUUUGA